AUGUGGACGUGGGUGGCUGACUACUGGUGUAUCAACGUGCCACUCAAGUCGGUGGAGGAGCUGGACGCCGAGACCUGGUUGGUGUUGUGUCCGCGCUUCGGCGGAACGUACGCCACGUGGACCGUCCUCCGCUUCAGUCGAUGGCACGUUGCGGUGUUGUCGUGGCUGAGUUUCUUCAUGCUCGGCUCCAUCUACUCGUUCCAGAUCUUGGCGCCGCCGUUGGAGCGGUACUUUGCUCCGUACACGGGCUUGUCUGGGUUUUACGGGUCAACGCUUGUGUUGGGCGUCGUGGCUGCCAUCGUGGGGCCGUUUGUCGAGCGGCGCGGUCCUCGCACCGGUAUGCUGCUUGGCUCGGUCCUCGUCGUGGGUGGACUGGCCCUGUCGCACAUUGCGGUCGUAGCUCGGAAUCAAUCGCUCUUCACGUGGUCGUACAGCGCCCUUGUGGGCGGAGGCUACGGCGUGGUGCUAUUAACGGCCAUGUCGACGCUGCAGAAAUGGUUUCCCGAUCUGCGGGGCUUCGUAUCUGGACUCGCGAUUGUGAGCUUGGGGGUGGGCACGGGCCUCUGGACAAAGUUGUCGGCUACACUCAUGCAUCGAUCGACCAACAUUCUUGACAGCGUCAGCAAUAUCGACGACGAAAUCGGGUUAACGAGAGUGUUUCUUGUGCAAGUAUGGCACUUUGCACUGCAAUACUAG